AUGUAUGUACCUGAACAUCAGUUUCAAUGGUCAGCUCAGUUUGGACCAUCUCGUUUACGAAGUCCAAUUCCACCAGAUCCUGGAUAUGGAGCGGAUGAUCGUCCAGGAGGUACUUCUAAUCGUCCUGUACGUAUUCGUGGUGCUGAUGCUAAAAACAAUUACAGACAAGCGAUUGGUAGUGCCGGUGCUCCAUAUCUUCUUCACGUUCGAUAUCCUAAUGUUUUGCAAAUUAGUAAAACAGGAAGUAUAAAAAAUCAUUUAAAUGAAAAUGCAAAACGAAUUCGAACUAUAAUGCGUGAAACACAAAAACGACAAUUAGUUAAAGAACAAUCUGCACCGAAACCUGUCAAAGCACUUUGGCAAUCGAAACAAUAUAAUUAUGUACAAUCGAAAGUUAAACAAAAACUUGAAGAAGAUGCUCAACGAUCACAAUCAGCUCGAAGUGAUUUUCUUCGAGCACAUGAAAAUACUGGCCCGAAAUUUCUUCGAUCUCAAUCUGUUUGUGAAUCUAAUCAAGCUCAAGUUGAUGAUAAAAGUCAACAAGAUUAUGUUAAAAUAAAUUCUCGAUAUGUAAAAACUCUUCCAAAAACGCGUAAAGCAAUCAGUAGCGAAGCUGUUGAAGAAUAUCGAGAAAAACAAGACAAAACUUUAAAAACCUAUCAAAAAAAACAAAAAGGACGUGUACCCGACUACAUCGAAAAAAUCAAAGAAAAACAAGAUCAAGAUACGUAUGUAGCACGUGUUAAUGCGCCAGAUCCUGAUUGUCCUCCUGGUCAUACAAAAGUUGAUAACAAUCAACGUGAAUUAACCUUACAAAAACUUCAUGCCAAUCGAGCUGAAUUGGAAAAAAAACUAAAUCGUUUACCUGUUCGUAAUGAUACGGUUAUACUUCGACAAACAAAAGAAGACAUCGAAAAGAAACUUAUCGAAUUAGACGAAGCAAUUAAAAUAUUCUCAAAACCAAAAGUAUUUAUUAAACUCAACGAAUAA